AUGACGACCCAAAACCACAUCUAUUUCGACCACGCCGGUACCACGCCCAUGGACGAACGCGUCCUUGAGGCAAUGCUGCCUUAUUUCACGCGGCUGUUUGGCAAUGCCUCCAGCGUCCACACCGUCGGACAGGAGGCUCGCUACGCCCUCGAUGCCGCGCGCGAACGCGUUGCCAAGGUGCUGAACUGCCGGAACCGCGAGGUCGUCUUCACCAGCGGCGGCACCGAGUCUGACAACGCUGCCAUUCGCGGCGCCGCUUACGCGUUGGAAGAAACCGGGCGCCACGUCAUCACCGCGGCCGCUGAGCACCACGCCGUGCUCCACGCCUGUCAAAUGCUGGAAAACCGCGGCUGGGAAGUUACCUACCUCCCGGUUGAUGACUACGGCCAGGUGGACCCUCAGCAGGUGGCCAACGCCAUUACCUCCGAGACCGCUCUCGUUUCCAUAAUGUACGCCAACAACGAGAUUGGCACUAUCAAUCCAAUCCCGGAAAUAUCCGCCGCGGUCCGGGAGCGGGCUCAGCAGCUCAGCCGCACCAUCGUCAUGCACACCGACGCUGUUCAGGCCGCUGGGUUCCUGGAUCUCGACGUUCGCCGCCUGGGCGUGGACAUGAUGAGCCUGUCCGGGCACAAGUUUUACGGCCCCAAGGGAGAACGCGAACGUCGUUCCGGUACUGAAAACGUGGCCGGCAUCAUCGGCCUCGCCGUUGCCCUUGAGCUGGCGGACGGCCACCGGGGUGAGGUCGGCGCCCAUUGCGCUGUCCUGCGCGACCGCAUCGUCGCCGAGGUACAGCGUCUCGUUCCGGAUGCAAUUCUCAACGGACAUCCCACCGACCGGCUUCCCAACAACGUCAACUUCUCCUUCGAUGGCGUUGAGGGAGAGUCCAUCCUGUUGGGCCUGGACCUCCAGGGCAUCGCCGCCAGCAGCGGCAGCGCUUGUAGCAGUGGCUCUUUGGAGCCUUCUCACGUCCUGUUGGCCUUGGGCCAGACCGCCGAUACCGCGCGCGGCUCUCUCCGCGUCACCCUUGGCAAGUACAACACUGACGCUGAGGUGGACCGCUUGUUGUCCGUGCUCACCGACCUCAUCGACAAUCUGCGCCAACUGCCCACUUUGACCGGAACCGGCGAUGAUUAA